CGUUACGACCAAUCCGCUGUUCUGACUCUUGUCUGCCAUAGAUUUUCCUGCCUAUUGGCUUUGUGUCAGCGUGUUCGGGUUCUGCCUGAAGUGGAGGCCUACCCAAACAAGUCUGUUAAUCUGCGCUGUGAAUUUAUCAAUGCGGGAACCUCUAAACUCACACAGGUAUCUUGGAUUUUUGAGGCAAGCGAAGGCCAAAGAGAAAACAUAGCUGUUUUCCACCCUAUGUAUGGUGAGAGUUUUCCUCAGUCAAGCUUCAAAGGCCGUGUACAGUUCACACAGGGCUCUUUGGAAAACCCCUCUAUUAGGAUUGACAAUGUGAGGAUGUCGGACGCAGGCAGGUACACCUGUGAGUACGCCACCUACCCUAGUGGAAAUGAACAGGGCACCACCAUGCUCAUCAUGCUUGCCAAGGCUAAAAACUCAGCUUUUUCUGUCAUGGUGCCAGCCAGCAGUUCAAAGUUGGUGGUUGCACGUUGUGAGUCGGCACAAGGAAAACCACUGGCAAGUAUUUCAUGGGUGACAAGUGCCAAUGGUGAAUACAACAGCACACAGGAGCUGCAGCUUGAUGGCACGGUGACAGUAAAAAGUGAGUACAUCAUGGCACCAGCAUCUACCGAUAAUGGCCGUGACCUUACCUGUGUGAUCACGCAGGGAAAACAGGACCCACCCCAAAACUUUGCCGUGAAGCUAGCCGUGCACUAUCCCCCUACUGUCCGAAUAGAGGGCUAUGAUGAUAACUGGUAUAUGGGUCGAAAGGAUGUGGUACUGAAAUGCCAUGCUGAUGCUAACCCCAAGGCUUUUGAUGUUACCUGGACAACAGUGUCAGGAAAGUUGCCAGCAACAGUUAGAGUGGCUGAGAACACCCUGUUAGUGCAGACGGUGGAUGAGAGUAUGAACACCACCUUCAUCUGUGAGGCAAAAAAUAGCCUGGGAUCAGGCAAGAGCCAGCUUACCCCCACCAUCAUAGAAUUGUCAGAUGACCCUUCCAGAACUGGUGCCUUAGUAGCUGCUAUCCUUGGUAGCCUUCUAGCUCUCCUGUUGGUCAGCGCAUUAGUUGCUGUGUUAGUGACACACAGUCGUCAUCAACAGCAUGGUUACUUGGGCGACGGCAAGCAGGACAUCUACAUUAACAAAGCCCAGUUCUUUGGCACCAAAAACAUCAGCAAGAAUGGAACUGGGACCAAUAACAAUGGGUCUGUCUACUCAUACCAUGAGAGCAAGCCAGGAGCCCUGAAUGAUAAAGCAAAUGAGUACCAACCUGCAUCCCACAACAUGUUGCUGACCAUUAAACUGGAUGAAGUUGACCAGCAAAGGUUUGAAGCCUUUACUGAAAGCAUGCAAGAAGCAGAGGAGGAUGAGCGAUUUGACGGAUACAAACAACAGCCAACAACUUUCCACAUUCAGCAGAUUGAGAACGAGUGUGGCGAGUACCCUGAUGACAACAUGGAGUCACAGAGGGAUGGUUCCGUCAUCUCCCGGACUGCCAUAUACGUCUGAAUGAGCAAAUAAUCAAGCCUUGCCUUUA